GCCUGGGCAGGGGCGGCCGCGGUGGCGGCGGGGGGCGGCGGCGGCUCGGGGGCGGCGGGCCCGGCGCUGACGGCUGGGGGCGCGGCGGGCGGCGAGCGGGCGAAGAUGGCGGAGCUUGGUAAGAAGUACUGCGUGUACUGCCUGGCCGAGGUGAGCCCGCUGCGCUUCCGCUGCACCGAGUGCCAGGACAUCGAGCUGUGCCCCGAGUGCUUCUCGGCCGGCGCCGAAAUCGGCCACCACCGCCGCUACCACGGCUACCAGCUGGUGGACGGCGGGCGCUUCACGCUCUGGGGACCCGAGGCCGAGGGCGGCUGGACCAGCCGGGAGGAGCAGCUGCUGCUGGACGCCAUCGAGCAGUUCGGCUUCGGAAACUGGGAGGACAUGGCUGCGCACGUGGGCGCGUCCCGGACCCCGCAGGAGGUGAUGGAGCACUACGUGAGCAUGUACAUCCACGGCAACCUGGGCAAGGCCUGCAUCCCCGACACCAUCCCCAACCGCGUGACGGACCACACGUGCCCGAGCGGAGGCCCGCUCUCGCCCAGCCUCACCACGCCGCUGCCCCCGCUGGACAUCUCCGUGGCCGAGCAGCAGCAGCUGGGCUACAUGCCGCUGCGCGACGACUACGAGAUCGAGUACGACCAGGACGCCGAGACGCUCAUCAGCGGGCUGUCGGUCAACUACGACGACGACGACGUGGAGAUCGAGCUGAAGCGCGCGCACGUGGACAUGUACGUGCGCAAGCUCAGGGAGCGGCAGCGGCGCAAGAACAUCGCCCGCGACUACAACCUGGUGCCCGCCUUCCUGGGCAGGGAGAGGAAGGAGAAGGAGAAGGCGCUGAGGCGCAAGGUCAGCAAGGAGGAGAAGGAGCUGCGGCUCAAGCUGCGGCCGCUCUACCAGUUCAUGUCCUGCAAGGAGUUCGACGACCUGUUCGAGAACAUGCACAAGGAGAAGGUGCUGCGGGCCAAGAUCCGCGAGCUGCAGCGCUACCGGCGCAACGGCAUCACCAAGAUGGAGGAGUCGGCCGAGUACGAGGCGGCGCGGCACAAGCGGGAGAAGCGGAAGGAGAACAAGAGCCUGGCGGGCUCCAAGCGGGGCAAGGAGGACGGCAAGGACGGCGAGUUCGCGGCCAUUGAGAACCUGCCGGGCUUCGAGCUGCUGUCAGACCGCGAGAAGCUGCUGUGCAGCUCGCUCAACCUCAGCCCCGCACGCUACGUGACCGUCAAGACCAUCAUCAUCAGGGACCACCUGCAGAAGCGCCAGGGCAUCCCCUCCAAGAGCCGCCUGCCCAGCUACCUGGACAAGGUCCUCAAGAAAAGGAUUUUGAACUUCCUCACAGAGAGCGGUUGGAUAUCCAGGGACACCGCCUGAAGCUGCCCUCCUGACGCAGGCCCUGGGUCCCAGGGAAUAGUGUAAGACUGGCACAUUGCCUUUUACUUGGUGAGUUUUCUUCCCUUUGGGUACAAAGACUGCUGCACUAUGGGUAACAGGAGCCCAGCGUUCCUGCUGGACAGCGAGCCACUAGCUCUGUUGGUGCCACAAGCUUUCCUUGGGUGUGGUGCCCGCAGGGUCCCUCUGCCCGAGUGCGGUGCUGGGCACAAGCACUUUACAGGGAGGCGGCCGCAGCUGAGGAGAGCACAGGAGCACAUUUCCGCGGGAGCCUGCUGGACACAGCAGCCGCCAGCUUCCAUCUGACUGUUGGCCACACUCGUGUGUGGCCCUGCUCCUGUACACACAAGGCAUGGCAGUAGGGGGCGCAGGGGGCGCCAGCACCGCCCACCCGCUCUGUCUCCGGCUGUUGAAUGCAAGGCUGGGAGCUCCAGGUCCGGGCACCAGCUGCCUCGGGUCCCGCAGCUCGCAGCACUGCAAGCGGGGCACUGCCUGGCCAGCUCAGCUUCCAGCUCAUACCGGCUUUAUGCUUACAGGCCAGCACCCCACUCCCCUCCUCCGUCCCGAGUACGCCCGCUGGGCCCCUGCCCUGCCUGCCCACGCCUGCCCUGGUUCCUGUCAGAGGAUGUGCACGGUACCUCCCGUCUGCAACUCGAGGCAGUCAUUUGUCUUCCGGCCCCUCUGGGCCCCUGCCCCACAGCCUGUGGCGAGCCCUGCUGGCCCUCCCGCACCGGGGCACCCCAGGCCUCCUGCUCCCGAGCUUCUCCCUUGGGUUCAGCAGCCUGGGGGCAAACAUACACCUCAACUCCAAGGACAACUUGGGUACGGUGCCUUUCCCUUCCUUACACCCUGUCCCCCAGGGGCAACUCUCAGCAUUAAAUAAAAACAUUAAAGAGGUCUUGGACACGGGUGUAGCUGUCAGUGACGCUGCAUGCUGGCAUCACAUGGUUCAGAACCGUGAUACCAGGAACAUGCCAGGCAGGGAUGGAGGUGGCACCUAGCUCGUAGUUCUCAGUGUGGGGUUCCUGGACAGUUUGGUGUGACUGGGGACCCCCCAGCACUGCCGGCCCCUUGGUUCUUGGGUGGAAGUUUUGGGGUGGGGCCCACAGACCUGAGCACCAGGGGUCCCCUUCACUGGCUGCUGCAGCAUAGGCUGGGUGGUGGGGCCCUGGCACAGGUGGGCCUGGCUGUGUGUGUUGGUGUGACAUGAAAAACUGAUUUGGCUUGACUGUUUGCACACCACAAUGAAUGUAUCAUUAAUUUAUGUUCUGUACUGACAAGUUCAAGGGUAAGCGUGAAAGAAUGGGUAGUCCUAGGCUAUCCGCUGGCUGCCAGCUCGGGACUCCUGGUCUUCCACUUCAUGGUCCUGGCAAACACACAGCACUGGGUAGACCACAUGGUUCCUUCUGCUUUCCCAACUCGCGCCCUGUGGUGGCUGACAUCCCAAGAAUAUGUGGACACUGAGGUGCUGGCAAGCGUUUUUAUUCCCCUUUUACACAUUAAAGGAGUUGAGAAUAAA